AAUCGUCAAGCAAGGUGGAAGACCAAGCAAUUGGAGAGAGAUUACGGGGUUUUGAAAUUUAAAUAUGAAUACCUGAAGCUCAAUUUCGAUUCCAUCCAACAAGACAAAGAAUCUCUACUUGCGAAGAUCAAGGAGCUGGAACCGAAGCUUGAAGAAGACAACAUAGAGAGUAAUGCCUUAGCAGCUAAAGAAGAUAUUCUGAUUUCAGAAUCUGUCGAUAACAAAGUUACCGAACAACAGAGCCAGAUCUCUACCGCUGCUGCCGAGCUAGGGGGAUCUGAGACACUGGAACUAAAUCAAGAUUGUUGCAACAAUACUACUUAUGGAUCUUCUCACAGCUAUUCAACUACGAUCUUAAAUGAAGACAACAGCCCAAAUGCUGUAAUUUCAUCAUCCGGGGUGUUUCAGCAACAUCAGUUGAUGAUGUCUCGGGCUUCGAGUUCUCUGAGAUUCAACAUCUCUUCAAGAUCUUCUUUGUCACCCACUUCCCUUAACUCCUUUCAGUUCUCAGAUUUGAGAUUGAUUUCAUCUACUUCUUAG